AAGAAGAUGUUGAAGAAAUGAGUGGUGAUGACAGGCAAGAAGAUGCUGAAGAUGACAUGGCAACAGAUUCGGGAGAAAAUAAACUGAGCGAGAGAGUUACAUUUUCAGAAAUACCACCACCACCUAGGACAUCUGCUACUCGGACAUCAAGAGGACGGACAAGAGCUCACAGAGGGCGACCCAGCCAUCUAGCCCUUCCAAGUUCUCCUUCCCCCAACAGGAGUUUGACAGAGGUAGCUGCCGCUGUGACAGCCAGGCUGUACAGGCCUCGGAAGCCAAGGCCUGAUCUUGAGGGUAACUACCUCAGAGGCAGCAAGGACCGUAUCAGCUCCCCGUCAACAAGCCCGGUAACAACCAAGAGAUCAAAGGAAUCCCCAUUUAAAUUUUUCUCAUCUGGUUCUGAUCUGUCCGACUCUGCAACACCAAAACGUGACUUUCUAAAGAAAGGCAGCAAGAAGCAAAUGACCACACCAAUAAAUGAGCCAUUGGAGAUCACUGG